CACACACACACACACACACACACACACACAGAGUCUUCUUACACCAAUCUGUACACUGGAGGAGAAAGCAUUUCCUUGGCACCCCCUCCCUCUGCACCCUGAGAAGCUGAGGAGCCGCGUGGUGGGCGCCCCCGGACCGUCUGGAAAUGCGAAUCCUAACGCGCUUCCUCGCUGGCAUUCAGCUCCUGUGUGUUUGCCGCCUGGAUUGGGCUUAUGGAUACUACAGACAACAGAGAAAACUUGUUGAAGAGAUUGGCUGGUCCUAUACAGUGGAAAUUAAUCUCACUAAUGAUUACCAUCUCAGUGGAGGAGUUUCAGAAAUGGUGUUCAAAGCAAGCAAGAUAACUUUUCACUGGGGAAAAUGCAAUAUGUCAUCUGAUGGAUCAGAACAUAGUUUAGAAGGACAAAAAUUUCCACUUGAGAUGCAAAUCUACUGCUUUAAUGCGGACCAAUUUUCAAGUUUUGAGGAUGCAGUUAAAGGAAAAGGGAAGUUAAGAGCUUUGUCCAUUUUAUUUGAGGUUGGUUUAGAAGAAAAUUUGAAUUACAAAGCAAUUAUUGAUGGAGUCGAGAAUGUUAGUCGUUUUGGGAAACAGGCUGUGUUAGAUCCGUUCAUACUGUUGAACCUUCUGCCAAACUCUACUGACAAGUAUUACACGUACAAUGGCUCGUUGACGUCCCCUCCCUGCACAGACUCUGUUGACUGGAUUGUUUUUAAAGAUACAGUUAGCAUCUCUGAAAGCCAGUUGGCUGUUUUUUGUGACGUUCUUACAAUGCAACAGUCUGGUUACGUCAUGCUGAUGGACUACUUACAAAAUAAUUUCCGAGAACAACAGUAUAAGUUUUCUAGGCAGGUGUUUUCCUCAUAUACUGGGAAGGAAGAGAUUCACGAAGCAGUUUGUAGUUCAGAACCAGAAAAUGUUCAAGCUGACCCAGAGAAUUAUACCAGCCUCCUGGUUACAUGGGAGAGGCCUCGAGUCGUUUAUGAUACCAUGAUUGAGAAGUUUGCAGUUCUGUACCAGCAGUUAGAGGGAGAAGACCAAACCAAGCAUGAAUUUUUGACAGAUGGCUAUCAAGAUUUGGGUGCUAUUCUCAGUAAUUUACUACCCAAUAUGAGUUAUGUUCUGCAAAUAGUAGCCAUAUGCACUAAUGGCUUGUAUGGCAAAUACAGUGACCAGCUGAUUGUCGACAUGCCUUCUGACGACCCUGGUGUGGGAACUUCUAGGGAAAGAAGAGAUAUCCGGCACCAACAGAUUUUCCAUGAGAACAAGGAGGAAGAGGAAGGAACAGAUAUCGAUGAAGACACUAUUGUGAAUCCUGGUAGAGACAGUGCCACUAACCAAAUAAGGAGAAAGGAACCCCAUAUUUCUACCACGACAAACUACAAUCGUGGGGGGACUAAAUACAAUGAGGCCAAGACUAACCGAUUUCCAACAAGAGGAAGUGCAUUCUCUGGAAAGAGUGAUGUUCCCAACACAUCUUUAGAUUCCACUUCCCAACCAGUCACUGAAUUAGCCCCAGAAAAAGAUGGUUUUUUGACUUCACAGACUGUGACCAAACUGCCACCUCACAUUCUGGAAGGCACGUCAGCCUCUUUAAGUGAUGGCUCUAAAACUAUUCUCAGAUUUCCACAGAUGAACUUGCCUGGGACUAUGGAAUCUUUAAAUACAGUUUCGAUAACAGAAUCUCAAGAGGUAUCUACUGAUAUCAGUGAGGAAGAGAGUUUCCUGACCAAUGUCAAGCUCGAUACAGGAGCUGAUGAUUCUUCAGGCUCCAGCCUUCCAACUACAGCUGUGCCAUUCAUCUCUGAGGACACGUCCCAUGGGUAUGUAUUUUCUUCAGAACACCCAGAGGCCAUCACAUAUGAUGUCCUUAUGCCUGAAUUGACAAGAAAUGCUUCAGAAGAGUCAGCCUCCUCAGGCUCGGAAGACUCUCUCAGGGAUCCUUCCGUGGAUGGAGAUGUGUGGUUUCCUGGUACUACAGAUGUGAUGACACAGCCUGAUAUUGGCUCAGGGAGAGAGGGCUUCCUCCAGACUAAUUACACCAAGAUACAUAUUGAGGAAUCCGAGAAGACAACUGAGUCCUCUUCUCCAGACCCACUGGUGUCACAGGCUCCCUCAGUCACAGAUACAGAAAUGCCAUCUUAUUCUUCAUUUGCCUACUUCCCAACCGAGGUAACACCUUAUGCUUUUACUCCAUCCUCCGGACCACACGAUUCAGUCGCCACUGUCAACAUGGUACAGUCGCAGACAACUCAGCCAGUAUACAAUGGUGAGACACCUCUUCCACCUUCCUCCAGUAGUGAAGCCUUUCCUCUAGUCACCCCUUUGUUGCUUGACAAUCAGAUCCUCAACACUGCCCCUGCCGCUUCGAGUAGUGAGUCGGCCUUGCAUGCUACGCCUGUGUUUCCCAGUGUCGGUGUGUCGUUUGAGCCCAUCCUGUCUUCCUAUGAGGGUGCACCUUCGCUUCCAUUUUCCUCUGCUUCCUUCAGUAGUGAAUGGCUUCACCAUCUGUCUACAGUCUCCCCCAUCCUUCCACAAGUUACGUCAGCUGGUGAGAGUGGUAAGGUGUCCCUGCAGGCUUCUCUGCCAGUGGCCGGGGGUGAUUUACUGCUAGAGCCCAGCCUUGCUCAGUAUUCUGACGUGCUGUCACAUCAGACCACUACUCGUGCUGCCUCAGAGACACUGGAAGUUGGUGGUCAUGGUUCUGGGGUCCUUUAUAAAACGCUUAUGUUUUCUGCACUUGAGCCAUCCAGCAGUGAUGUCAUGAUGCAUGCAAGUUCUUCAGGGCCUGAACCUUCUCAUGCCUUACCUGAUAUCAAGGGCCCCCAACACCUCCUCACUGCUUCUUACAGUUCUGCAAUACCCGUGCAUGAUUCCAUUGAGGUAGCUCAUUACGGUUCCUUCCUUAGCAGCCCUAGCCACCCACCGAUGCCCGAGUCUCUGUUAAUAACCCCCUCCACGUCAGUGCUGCCGCCCACCCAGGGCCUGUCUGGUGAUGGAGACUGGUCUGGAGCCUCCUCUGAUAGUGAAUUUCUUUUACCUGAUGGUCUGAUGGCCCUUAACCUUUCUUCACCUGUUUCUGUAGCUGAAUUUACCUAUACGUCAUCUGUGUUUAGUGAUGAUAAGACGCUUUCUAAAAGUGACGUAAUAGAUGGAAAUCAGACUGAACUGCAGAUUUCUUCUUUCAGUGGGAUGCUUUACCAUUCUGAAAGCACAGUCAUGCCUGACCUGUAUGAUAAUGUAAAUAAGUUGAAUACAUCUUUACGAGAAUCCCCUGUUUCCGUUUCUAGCACACACGGCAUACUCCCAGACUCUCUUGCUUACGCUGCCACUAAGGCUUUUGAUCAUGAGAUUAGUAGAAUUCCAGAAAAUAACUUUUCACUUCAGCCUACGCGUGCUGUAGCUCAAGCCUUUGGUGACACUUCUCUUAAACCCGUGCUUAGUGCAAACUCAGAGCCAGCAUCCUCUGACCCUGCUCCUAGUGAAAUGUUAUCUCCUUCAACUCAACUCUUGUUUUACGAGGCCUCAGCUUCUUUUAAUACUGAAGUGUCAUUGCUGCAACCUUCCUUUCAGGCUCCUGAUGCUGACAAAUUGCUUAAAACCGCUCUCCCAGCUGUGCCUAGUGACCCAAAAUUGGUUGAAACCCCCAAGGUUGAUCAAAUUAGUCCUACAUUGUCACAUCUCAUGGCAUCAAAUUCUGCUUCAAGUGAAAACGCACGGCUCGCUACGUCUGUACCAGGGUUUGAUGUAUCGCCUGCUUCUAAUAUGCCUGCUGCUUCACUUCAAGGUUUAACCAUUUCUUAUGCAAGUAAGAAAUAUUUUGAACCAGUUUUGCUUAACAGCGAACAUCCCCAACAAAGGGCGCCUUCCUUGCAUGGUAAUGAUGAGUUCUUACACGCUGCCGACGUGGAGAUCCGCCAUGCCUUUCCCCCAGGAGAGCGUGCAUUUGCUACUCCCGUUUUAUCGAUGGACAUGCCACCAAAUACACUUACAAAUAAGCUUAUGUAUUCUGAUGAAGUGUUCACCUCCAUCACGGGUUCUCUUGCCGAUGAGGUAUUUGCUGGUAUUCCAACAGUUGUUUCUGCUACACUCGUAACUGCUGAUCGUUCUGUUCCUUUAGGAAAUGGGUUGGCUUCCAUUACAGCUGUUUCUCCCAACAGAGAUGGUUCUGUUACCACUGCCAAGUCCCUGCUUCCUUCUAAACCAACUUCUGAGCUGACUCACAGAGCCAGAUCGGACGCUGAGCUAGUGGGUGGUGGUGAUGAUGGUGACACUGGUGAUGAUGAUGAUGAGGAUGACAGAGAUAGAGAUGGCGUAUCCAUAUAUAAGUGUAUGUCAUGCUUUUAUAGAGAAUCCCAGGAAAAGGUAAUGAAUGAUUCAGACCCCCAGGAAAACAGCCUUGUGGAUCCGAAUAACCCAAUCUCAUAUUCACUAUCUGAGAAGCCUGAAGAAGAAAAUAAAGUCACAGGUGUAACCUCAGACAGUCAGAGUGAUAUAGACAGAAGUCCUGACAAAUCACCACCUAUAAAUGUGCUCCCCCAAAAGCACUAUGAUGGAACACAGGCUGGUAACACCCAGCUUCCUUUCCCCCCAGAAUCUAAAGCGUGGGCAGUUCUUACCAGUGAUGAAGAGAGUGGAUCAGGGCACAGUACCUCAGAUAGCCUUAAUGAUAAGGAGACUUCUACAGAUUUCAGCUUUCCAGAUGUUAACGAAAGAGACGUUGAUGGGGCCCUGGAAGCAGGAGACUCAGAAAUAACUCCUGGACCCCCUCAGCCCUCAACACCGACUGUUACUAGCGGGCACUCAGAAGUAUUCAACAUUUCAGAGGCAGAGGCCAGUAAUAGUAGCCAUGAGUCUCGUAUUGGUCUAGCUGAGGGGUUGGAAUCUGAGAAGAAGGCGGUUAUACCCCUUGUGAUCGUGUCAGCCCUGACUUUUAUCUGUCUAGUGGUUCUUGUGGGUAUUCUCAUCUACUGGAGGAAAUGCUUCCAGACUGCACACUUUUAUUUAGAGGACAGUACUUCCCCUCGAGUAAUAUCCACACCUCCAACACCUAUCUUUCCAAUUUCAGAUGAUGUUGGGGCAAUUCCAGUAAAGCACUUUCCAAAGCAUGUUGCAGACUUACAUGCAAGCAGUGGCUUUACUGAAGAAUUUGAGACACUGAAAGAGUUUUACCAGGAGGUGCAGAGCUGUACUGUUGAUUUAGGCAUUACAGCAGACAGCUCCAAUCACCCAGACAACAAGCACAAGAACCGGUACAUAAACAUUGUCGCCUAUGAUCAUAGUAGGGUUAAGCUUGCACAACUUGCUGAAAAAGAUGGCAAACUGACUGAUUACAUCAAUGCCAAUUAUGUUGACGGUUACAACAGGCCAAAAGCUUACAUUGCCGCCCAAGGCCCACUGAAAUCCACAGCCGAAGAUUUCUGGAGAAUGAUAUGGGAGCAUAACGUGGAAGUAAUCGUCAUGAUAACAAACCUCGUGGAGAAAGGGCGGAGAAAAUGUGACCAGUACUGGCCUGCCGAUGGCAGUGAAGAGUAUGGGAACUUCCUGGUCACUCAGAAGAGUGUUCACACGCUGGCCUAUUACACUGUGAGGAAUUUUACUUUAAGGAACACAAAGAUAAAGAAGGGUUCCCAGAAAGGCAGACCCAGUGGGCGCGUGAUCACACAGUACCACUACACGCAGUGGCCUGACAUGGGUGUGCCGGAGUACUCACUGCCUGUGCUGACCUUUGUGAGAAAGGCAUCCCAUGCCAAGCGCCACGCCGUGGGGCCUGUGGUUGUCCACUGCAGUGCUGGAGUUGGAAGAACGGGCACAUAUAUUGUGCUUGACAGUAUGUUGCAGCAAAUUCAACAUGAAGGAACUGUCAACAUAUUUGGCUUCUUAAAGCACAUUCGUUCACAAAGAAAUUAUUUGGUACAAACUGAGGAACAGUAUGUCUUCAUUCAUGAUGCCCUGGUUGAGGCCAUACUUAGUAAAGAAACCGAGGUGACAGACAGCCAUAUCCACGCCUAUGUCAAUGCACUUCUCAUUCCUGGACCAACAGGCAAAACAAAGCUAGAGAAGCAAUUCAAGCUCCUGAGUCAAUCAAAUAUACAGCAGAGUGACUAUUCCACGGCCCUAAAGCAAUGCAACAGGGAAAAGAACAGAACCUCUUCCAUCAUCCCUGUGGAGAGAUCCAGGGUUGGCAUUUCGUCCCUGAGUGGGGAAGGCACAGACUACAUCAAUGCCUCCUACAUCAUGGGUUAUUAUCAGAGCAAUGAAUUCAUCAUCACCCAGCACCCCCUUCUCCACACCAUCAAGGAUUUCUGGAGGAUGAUAUGGGACCAUAACGCCCAGCUGGUGGUUAUGCUUCCCGAUGGUCAAAACAUGGCAGAAGAUGAAUUUGUUUAUUGGCCAAAUAAAAAUGAGCCUAUAAAUUGUGAAAGCUUUAAGGUCACACUUAUGGCUGAAGAACACAAAUGUCUGUCUAAUGAAGAAAAAAUUUUAAUUCAAGAUUUUAUCUUAGAAGCUACACAGGAUGAUUAUGUACUUGAAGUGAGACAUUUUCAGUGUCCCAAAUGGCCAAACCCAGAUAGCCCCAUUAGUAAAACUUUUGAACUUACAAGUAUUAUCAAAGAAGAAGCUGCCAGCAGGGACGGGCCCAUGAUCAUUCAUGAUGAGCAUGGAGGAGUGACCGCAGGAACUUUCUGUGCUCUGACAACCCUUAUGCACCAACUAGAAAAAGAAAAUUCCAUGGAUGUUUACCAGGUAGCCAAGAUGAUCAAUUUGAUGAGGCCAGGAGUCUUUGCUGACAUUGAGCAGUAUCAGUUUCUCUAUAAAGCCGUCCUCAGCCUUGUGAGCACAAGGCAGGAAGAGAACCCGUCCACGUCUCUGGACAGCAAUGGCACGGCGCUGCCUGAUGGAAAUAUAGCUGAGAGCUUAGAGUCUUUAGUUUAAUACAGAAAGGAGUGAGGAAAGUCCCUGUCUGAGCACUGUUUCCCUCCUUCUGAAAUCAGACAGGAAAAUCAGUUCCAUUUUUCUGUUACGUUUUCUUCCCAUCACCUGCCAGUAACUUUCAUGACAUAGGAUUCUGCUGCCAAAUUUAUAUCAUUAACAAUGUGUGCCUUUUUGCAGAACUUCUUGUAAUUCACUUACUCUGUUGUUUAAACUAAAAUGAUUGAAUUUUACAGUAUUUCUAGAAUGGAAUUAUGGUGGUUUUUUUGUAUUGAUUUUAACAGAAAAUUUCCACUUAUAGGUAUUAGGAAUUCCCGAUUACAGAAAACAUGUUUGUUUUUAGUGUCAAAUUUUUAGCUAUAUUUGUAGCAUUCAUCAGGUUUGCUAGAAAUAUAACUUUUAAUAUAGUCGACUGUAAAUAAAAUGCUCUGUUCCCUAUGAUAUUCAACAUUUUACAACUGCAGUAUUCACCUAAAGUAGAAAUAAUCUGAUACUUACUGUAAAUACUGCUCUAGUGUCUCUAUGGACCAAAUUUAUAUUUAUAAUUGUAGAUUUUUAUAUUUUACUACUGAGUAAGUUUUCUAGUUCUGUGUAACUGUUUAGUUUAAUGAUAUAGCUCAUUAUCUGGUCUUAUUCUAUAAAUCUUCUGAUAUUGUUCCGUGUUAUCUCAGCAAUUAACUGUUUUUAGCAUGUAAUUUUAACUUUUAUGGAAAAUAGAAGUACAUUUGUUUUGAAAGAUGUUUUUAUGAAAAUAACACCUUACCCAAUAUUGUUUAAAUGGUUUUUAUCCGAGGCAUUGCAAAAAUAAAUAUAAAUAUUGCCAUCA